GUGACUUCAUGGACUUGAGCCAUUGAAACAACUCGCCGGUCCAUACAAGCUAGACGAAGCCCUUUUAAAGCAAAUGUGGUUUCAAAGAUUACCACACAGCGUUAGACAAAUUCUCAGUGUUUCAGAGAAAUCCGUCGCACUUGAUGACUUAGCCGACAUGGCGGAUAAAAUGAUGGAAGUCUACCAUGAUAGUCACGGUGUGAACUCAUUGCAACCACCUGGACCACUAGAUAUUAGCUGUUUAGUCUCCUUUCAAAAGCAGUUAACGCAUUUAACGAGCCAGCUAGCGUCUCUGCAAUCAACCAUAGCAACCAUCCAAGCUAGACAAUCGAGAUCCCCCUCCAGACGAAGAUCUUUUUCUAGACAACGGUCUAGGUCACCGAAGCGAACAUCUGAUGUUUGUUGGUACCACCAAAAAUACGGCACCAAAGCACGGCGUUGUACACGACCGUGCACAUUUUCUGCGUCCGACACAGAGAAUCAGGGAAACGGCCCGGCCAGACAGUGAUGGCGGCGCCUGUUUCUGGCCACUACCCGAGCCGUCUAUUUCAUGUCAGGGAUCGAAUUUCGGGCUCAGAUUUUUUGGUCGAUACGGGAGCCGAAAUCAGCAUUAUCCCAUUACACCUCUCUCAACGACGGCACCCUCAGAGUACUAAAUUGUCUCUAGUCGCAGCCAAUAACACAGUCAUUAAGACUUAUGGCGAACAAUCACUUAUUUUAGAUCUCGGUCUCCGGAGACGUUUCACAUGGGUUUUCAUCGUAGCUGAAAUCAAACAACCCAUUAUCGGGGCCGAUUUUCUCGGUGCUUACAACCUACUUGUAGAUAUGGCAAAAAAGAAACUAAUCGACAAAAACACAAGCUUACAGGUCAGUGGCACAACUAUCUCCAGUUACGAAAUUCAUGGAGUCCGUAUGUUAAGACCUGAAAACAAAAUUUUCACCGAUAUCCUGUCGAAGUAUGAAAGUAUAACCAGAGCUGAUUACCAAAACGAAUGCUCCACACAUCAUGUCCAACACAGUAUUACUACUACAGGACCACCUAUCCGCGCCAGGGCGAGAAGACUCCGUCCAAACAAGUUGCAGUUCGCUAAGAGAGAAUUCGAACACAUGAUGCAACUUGGGAUAAUCAGACAAUCUAACAGUCCAUGGGCCUCGCCGUUGCAUAUGGUUCCCAAGAGAGAUCAAGACUGGCGCCCAUGUGGAGAUUAUCGCCGAUUAAAUAACUAGACUAUCCCAGACAGAUAUCCGAUCCCUCAUCUGCAUGAUUUUUCUUUAAAUCUACAUGGAAAACAUCUUUUCGAAGUAAGUUCUAGUCCGAGCAUAUCAUCGAAUACCGAUGGUACCUGAGGAUAUCGAGAAAACAGCCGUAAUCACACCUUUUGGCUUGUUUGAAUUCUUGAGGAUGCCUUUCGGACUAAAAAACGCCGCUCAAACCUUUUAGAGAUUUAUGGACGAAGUAACUAGAGGUUUGGAUUUUGUAUUUGUCUAUAUAGACGAUGUUUUAAUCGCUAGUUCUUCCACUGAAGAACAUGUUCAGCACUUACACGCGCUUUUCGAACGUUUCAA